AUGGCACUGAGCAAAGGAAAGUCACCGCUAGGUUUGAAAGAUUAUGAAAACGAUGUACAAGGAAACGGUCACCGUCCGCUGAGUCCGACACAGCGUUACAGGCUGGCCAAGUACGGCUUUUACUACACUGGCAGGGACGAUGAAGUGGAAUGUUUCGCUUGUCAUCGCAGCGUUCGAGGUUGGAAAUUGGGCGACAACCCCGAACACAAGCACCACCAAGUAUCACCAAACUGUCGCUACAUAAAUGGUGUUAAUAAAGAGAAUAUUCCGAUAUAUGUUGAAGUCUCUUCUCCCGAAGAAAAUGCAGGACUUCAAAGAACAAUCUACGCUCCUCUUGGUCUUCGUUCCCCUGGGACUCGGGUGUCACAAGGUUCCCAACAUGCUGAGGGCUCUUUGAGAGUCGCGAAUGGAAAUUCAAUGAGAGGUGAAGUCACCCAUGGCACUACCAGUGAAUUAAGAAACCGUGCUGACGAAAGGACAGAAUCACGGAACGAGGCCACCGGAAAGACGCCUCGGUCUGCUGUUAAUCCAAACGCUCAAGUCGGCGUUGACACUACUGACAAUCUUGCCGUCAGGAGGUCACCGCCAACUGAAACGCGUCAAAACAAUCCCCAUUACUCUUACACUACUUCUCCGACCCUUACAAAUGUCCAUGAGAGUGAGGACUUUAUGUUGAUUAUGAAGGAGAAUGAGUUAACUCGUAUGCAAACCUAUGCUAAUUUCCCAGACAGUUGUCCUGUCAGACCCAGUGAACUCGCAAAGGCGGGGUUCUUUUAUUUAGGGACUUCAGAUAUUGUAAAAUGUGCUUAUUGCGGCGGGAAAAUCAGAUCUUGGGGCAGGGGCGAUGAUGCAUUUGGAGAACAUUUGAAACAUUUUCCGUUGUGUUCGUUUGUACAACAGAGACAAAACCGAGAGCAGAGUUUGACCCAGCAGAACAAUUUAUUGUUUGACGAUAACCCAAUAGUGACUGAACGACCAAAACAUCCCCAGUUUGCAAUUGAACAGAACAGGAUUUUGACGUUUGAAAACUGGCCCAUCAGUAAGCGGCAAACACCAAGAGAACUUUCCAUAGCGGGGUUCUAUUACGCCGGCUUUGGGGACAAUGUGAAAUGCUUUUUCUGUGGCGGGGGACUGAGAAACUGGGAGCCACAGGAUGACGUAUGGACUGAGCAUGCGCGUUGGUUCCCAAAUUGUGGGUAUGUGAAACAAUGUAAAGGAGUGUCUUUCAUCAGAGAAAUACUGCAACGCAAUUCCGCCAACGGCCAAUUUUCCGGCCAAGCAGGUCGGUCCCCACAUACCCAUCAGAUAGAGGCAAGAGAAAUAAAAGCUCGAUUAGAUGCACCAUCAGUCCAGAAAGUAAUAGCAAUGGGUUAUUCCCGAGAUUUAGUAAGAAGGGCUAUAGAAAAUAGACUUACAACUGUUGGUGACGAUUUCCCUAAUCUACAAUCUUUAAUAGAAGCUCUUCUUAGAAUUGAAGAGGAACAAGAACUGGGGGAUAGCAAAGGGGAUACCAAUUUGAGAAAUGAUCCCCAAAAUGUCACAGUAGCCAGGGGUCAAUCAGACCAAACACCUCCAAAUGACACAGCACCCUCCGCAAAUACAAAUAACCCCCCUGAACCCAUUGACCCCGUUAUCUUAUCAGACAAACUAAGGGAAGAAAAUAAACUUUUAAAAGAACAGAGAAAAUGUAAAAUAUGUAAGGUGAGGGACGCUGAGGUUGUUCUCUUGCCGUGUGCUCAUCUUGUGUGUUGCAAUCCAUGCGCUCCCUCUCUCCGAAAAUGCCCAGUUUGUGAAUCCAAGAUCAGGGGCACAGUAAAAACCUAUCUCUGCUAGCUUGGCUCCCCUGACGAGUCCGCAUGGACGAAACACAAAAGUUGAGCAGACGGCGGAAAAACUGCCGACAGUUCUAUUUUGUGUCGGGAGUAUCACCACAGAGCUGGAAGAUAAAGUUAGAUAAACAUAUUUUCCCAAUUUCAACUGUUUUCUUUGUUCAAAUAGCUGCAUAUUUCAAGGAAAUGGUAAAAAUAAAUGGCCAAAUUCGAUAUCUUGUAUCAUUUCUUAGAUGCGUUUUAUAAAUGCUGAUUGUAUGAAGGUUUAGGAAAUUAACUUAAUGUAAAUUCAAAAGCUGGCCAGUGCGCAUGA